AAUGGAUACUGAAUCUGUUAGAAGUGGAAAAUCUGAGCGAUCUGAGAGAUCAAUGAGAUCAAAGAGAAGAUUUUAUAACCUACACUCUCUUUAUGAACAACCUCAAGUUCCAAGUCAAUUUAAAAUUCGAUCAGAGCCCAACGAAUGCUUCUUCAAAGAUGAUAGAUCAAAUUCUUUGCACACCAAUAAUAAACCAGUUUGUGAUCAAUCGGAAGCUGGAGUUCCUGGCCUAUGCCAGAGAAAUCAACAAACAACUGAGAGAAUAGAAGUUCAAAUUCUUCAGCAAGAUGACAACUGGGGAGAUAAUACUACAGCUAUAACUGGAAAUACAUCAGAAGCAGGUUUCUCAAUAGAUGAUAUGGCAAAGUUUAGCAACGACAUAGAGAACUCUGUUGGUUUUACAUGUGCUAGAUAUAUUGGAACUGUAUUUACUGCGUGUUUUAGCUUGAUAACUAUUCUUAGCCCUAUAGCUAUGUUACUCUUACCAAAAAUCCAUAUAAUUGAUGAUUGGACAACGAAUGAUUGUGAUACAUCCUGUGAGGGUUUAUUUAUAAGUUUUUCAUUUAAAGUUGUCGUUCUACUUAUUGGGGCCUGGUGUUUACUUUGGCGUACUCCAAAAGCUACCCUGCCAAGAAUAGCAGUUAUGAAAGCAUUCGUUUUAUUUUUGGCUACGAUUCUUAUCUUUGCAUUUUGGCUUUUCUAUGGUGUUAGAAUAAUAAAGACGAAAGAAACGUCUUACCAUACCAUUGUUAAAUUUGCUGUCUCCUUAGUAGAUUCUUUACUGUUCCUUCAUUAUGCAGCCUUAAUAUUAUUAAAAUUAAAACAUAUGACAUCAAGAUUUGUUGUGCAUGUUGUAAGAUCACCAGAUGGAAUUGCAAAGUCAUAUCUAGUGGGUGACAUGAGCAUUCAGAGAUUGGCCGUUUUUACAUUGGAAAACUAUUUUCGAGAUUUUGAUGCAUAUAAUCCUUAUUUAGACAACAUGCCGAAGCGAAAUUCACGAUCAAGUUAUAAAGUGUAUAAUGUUGACGGGCCUCAUAUGGGGAACCAUACAGGUCUGGGCAAUCCAAGGCCACCUCCCGGAUCAGACACCAGACAUAAUGAUCGAUUCUAUGAUGAAAUGAAUUAUGAGCGUCGACUUAAAAAGAGAAGAGCAAGAUUGGUAGCAGCAACAGACGAGGCUUUCAGCCAUAUUAAGAGGAUGCAAAAUGAACAAGGUCCUGCCAUACCAAUGGAUCCCAGCGAAGCAGCUCAAGCUAUUUUUCCCUCUCUGGCUCGGGCAUUACAAAAAUAUUUACGUAUCACUCGACAACAGCCACGAUAUUCUAUGGAAUCAAUUUUACGGCAUCUAGCUCUUUGUAUCGGACAUGACAUGGGACCAAAAGCUUUCCUAGAAAAAUUUUUGACUCAGGGUUCGAUCAUUAUGAAUGACAAAGAAUACUCAAACACGCAAACUUGGGUUUUGAUUUGUGAUCAACUAGUCUCAAGGAAUAUCGAACAUGGAUCUCUAAUACAGUUAAGACAAGGCGAUGUUGCUUUAUUGAUAAAUAUUCGGAAAAUACCUCACUUUAACCUAACAGAAGAGGUAAUUGAUCAUAAGUGCAACAAAUUUGUCCUUAAACUGAACUCUGAAACACCUUGCCGAAUUGAGAAUUUGUCGAGAGUGACAGCUCCGGUUUUGAAUAUUUUCCUACAAUUAUUCUGCAUACAAUACGAACUUAGGGGAGUGGAACACUUACAGCUAGAUCAACCAUACGUAUUAAUGGCUAAUCAUCAAAGCUCACUUGACUUAAUAGAGGCAUUUUCAGGCAUGUUGAAAUAUCUUCCCGAUAGAAUGACAAUUUUGGGUAAGAAAGAGCUAAAAUAUCUUGGAACUUUUGGCAUAGCGGCUUGGCUGUCUGGAUUAAUAUUUGUUGAUAGAACCAAGAAACGUGACGCCAGAAAAACCAUGGAUCAGACAGUUGAAAUAAUUUUAAAAGAUAAAGCCAAGCUUUGGGUUUUUCCUGAAGGAACAAGGCAUAUGGGAAAAGACUUCUUGCCAUUCAAGAAAGGAGGUUUUCACAUAGCCCAACAGGCUCAGAUUCCAAUAGUUCCUUUAGUCUUCUCAUCAUAUGCAAAUUUUCUUGACUCGACGCGAAAGCAUUUUGAGGCAGGAAAAGUUAUUCUAACGGCGUUACCUCCUAUUCAAACAAAGGGCUUAACUACAGACGAUGUAGACGACUUAGUGGCAAGAGUUCGAAAUGAGAUGUUUCUUGUUUAUCAAGCAACAUCAAAGGAGGCUUUAGAAAAAUAUUACGUUCUUCCUAAGUCAUAG